GAGAGACAGGGAGAGACAGAGCAUGAGCAGGGGAGGGGCAGAGAGAAAGGGAGACACAGAAUCUGAAGCAGCUCCAGGCUCCGAGCUGUCAGCACAGAGCCGGACGCGGGGCUCAAACCCACGAGCCGUGAGAUCAUGACCUGAGCCGAAGUCGGAUGCUCAACCGACUGAGCCACCCAGGCACCCCCUGAAUUUGCUAUUUUUAACAAGUGCCCUGGGUGAUUCUGUUGUGGCAGGCACUAAGAAGGUUACUCUGAAUCAGACAGACCUUGUUUUGACUCCAGCCUGCCACUGACUAGUUGUGUGACCUUCCGGAGGUAACUCAACCUCUCUGGGCCUAUUUCCGUAAGUGAGAAUGACAACAUUCUCAGGGAUUUGUGACGAGAAUUAAAUUAGGUCAUAGAUGUAAAGUUCUUGGCAUAAUGCCAGUUGUGCAGUUAGCUGCUGCUAUUACCUUUAUUAUAAUUCUAUCAUAAUUAUGCCCUAGCAAGACAAUUCCUCCCUGAAGGAUCCCUCUUGGGAAUCUCCUCAGAGUAGGGUCCCACCCAGCAGCACAGUAUCUCAUGGGAGCUGGUGAGAGAUCCAGAAUCUCUGCCCCGGCCCUGACCUGCUAAAUCUGGAUCUUCAUUUUAACAAGAUCCCUGGGUUAUUUGCGCAUGCAAGUUUGAAGAGCACUGCUCAAAAUCACAUACGCUGUUUUCUCCCUGUCUCUAAUUCAGAGUCUACUCAGAUUUGUGAGUUCUGGCAUAUCAGAGUCUGAAUCCUUGACAGCUGCUUCUCAUCUUUCUGAGUGUGGAGGAGGAACCCCCAGCUCCCUCAAGGUACCCCUCUCGUUGAGGACAUCGGGAGAAAGAAUUCCCUCACAGAGCCACAACCGACCUUCUGAGCAAGAGCCUUGUGAGCCAGGGGAUGGACCCAAACUCUGGCCUGCUUUCUCCUCUGUCCCGGGCCUGUUCCCACCUGGCAGAACCCUGUAUGGAAGGUGAAAGAAGCCCAGCCCCCCGAGAGCAAGGCGGAGACCCCCACUUUCCCUGGAGCCCUGUCCCCAGCUCUAGCUUUGCUGACCCUGACUGGUUUUGCGAUGAGAACAUCCAAGCAAAGAGGGCCAGAGUGGAGACCAUUGUCCAAGGCAUGUGCCUCUCUCUUAAUGCUCUGGUGCCAGGCAAUGCCCAAGCCAGGGACAGUCCGUAUUGCCCAGAGAAGGCCCAGGAGCGGAAGAGGAAGCAGAGCCUUCCCACGCAGCAAGGCCCUCUGAAGCCGGGCCCUGUCGGAGACCAUGGCAGCAGGAAAGGGGGCCCUCGGGUAAGAGAACAGCUCUAUCAGCUGAAGCAACAGCUAAGGCAUUUGCAAAAGCACAUCUUGCAGGCUGCUGAGCCCAGGGAUGCAGCUCAGGACCCAGGAGGCUCUGAGAUGGACAAGGGCCCUCUAAGCGUAAAGCAGAGGAAGGGCUAUGGAUCUAGGCCCUGGGCUAUGGACAGUGAUCACCACCAUCAGGGUUCCCGUGGGGACCUCUCCCGGAAAGAAAAACACAGAGCGUCUGAAGUCGAAUACCAGUCUGAGGAGCCCAGGUGCCUUCCUUGUGGAGCACAGGAUUUGCUGGAGAUUCUGAGGAAAGAAUUGACCGGGGCCGUGUCCCAAGCUGUGGACUCAGUAUUACAAAAGGUACUCUUGGAUCCACCGGGCCACCUGACCCAGCUGGGUAGAAGCUUCCGGGGGCUUGUGCCAGAGGGUAGCAGUGAGCCCUCGCCUCCUGAGAGAGGUAUCUGUAAAGAUCUGUUUCCUUUUGCCACCUUGCCCAGGAGGGCCCAGCCACAGACUGGGGUCCUGUUGCGAAACUUAUCAUUGGCCAACCCUCUAGAUCCUCCCAGGUACCCUGUCUCUUCAAGAAUGAUCCCCAGACCCUAUCAGGGUCGGCCAGCAAACUGUCCUCUGACUGUGCCUUCCCACAUCCAGGAAAAUCAGAUUCUUAGCCAGCUACUGAGUCAUGGACCCAGUGACCACUGGGAUAGCAGUCUUCCCCAAGAUUCAUCUUCCCAAAGUCACUCCUCCCCAGAGUCUGCCCUGCGACCUUGGGGAGCAGUCAAAUUGCGACCGUCGGUUCUGAGCCAACAGCAGUACCCCUUGCCCUUCACUUCCCCCGGUUUGGAAAGACUGCCCUUUCUUCCCUCAGUGAAGGUGGAACAGGGCGGCCUGCAGUGUGCCCCGGAUGUGCUUCCAUUUUCUUCACUGCAUAUCCAGGAGGGCCUAAAUCCUGGUCACUUGAAGAAGGCCAAACUCAUGUUUUUCUUCACACGCUACCCCAGCUCCAACCUGCUGAAGGCUUAUUUCCCUGAUGUCCAGUUCAACCGCUGCAUUACCUCCCAGAUGAUCAAGUGGUUCAGCAACUUUCGUGAGUUUUAUUACAUCCAAAUGGAAAAAUCUGCCCGGCAAGCGAUUUCAGAUGGUGUCACAAAUCCCAAAAUGCUGGUGGUACUCCGAGACUCAGAACUUUUUCGAGCUCUCAAUAUGCACUAUAACAAAGGAAAUGACUUUGAGGUCCCGGAUUGCUUCUUGGAAAUCGCCAGCUUGACGUUACAGGAGUUCUUCAGGGCUGUCUCCGCAGGGAAAGACUCAGAUCCUUCCUGGAAGAAACCCAUUUAUAAAAUUAUUUCGAAACUGGACAGUGACAUCCCAGAGAUAUUCAAAUCUUCCAGCUACCCCCAGGAGCUGUUUCGGAAUUAAGAUCUCACAAAGCGAGGUGCAACUGAUCAGGUCUUCCUGGGUUUGUCUUAAAUGGCAGUCAGUACAGCUGUAGUCAUAUAAAAAGGGCACAGGGAGAACCCCCCCCCCCCAACAUAGGCACUAGUACCAUUUCUGAUCAUUUAUUUCCCUUUUCAGAAUCAUCAGAGGUUUAAUCUCAACUAUAAAAUAUAUCAACCACAUGUAACGGCAUGUUGGUAGCAUACUGUAAAAGGAACACAACAGUUUGGAAGCAGAACUUAAAUCUCCACUUCACUGUUUCUGGGUGUUGUGACCCUGGGAACUUGCUGGGAUCACUGCGUCUGUAAAACCAGAUUGUGAGGAUUAAAAGAUAGUAAGUCCUGAAGUACUCUGUGAAAUGUUACUCACUACACAAAGGCUAGUGUUUUCCCCAACUUGGCUUUCAGAUAAAGUUACCUUUUGUGGGGUUUUUACAGAUUGCUGGUUUUAGUUACCUAUUUAUCGAGCUCCACUUGUUUGCUAGACACUUUCAAAUACAUUAGCUUUAAGCUUUUCACCCUGAAAAGUAGAUAUUAGCUUCAUUUGAAAAACAACCACACCCAAGCUUUGGAGCUGUGAGGUAACUUGCCAAAGUAGAAGAUAGGGCAUUUGGGGUGGCGGGGACGGUCAGGAGUAUGGAGGAACCCAAGCCCUUCCGAAGCCAGACUGCAUGCUCGACCACCUCAUGCUGCUCUGUGAUUGCAAACAGACUACCAUGGCCAGGAAGUAUCCAGCACUGCUGGGACGCUGUCAUCUGACAAGCCCUGCCUAGCACUCAGGAGUGCUUCAUCACCCAGGAUUUCCAGGCGCAUUCCAGCAUGCCCAACGCAAACUUUCUGUAGGACGUGAGUGUUGCUGUUCAUUCAUUCAUCAGCUGGGAGUUUAUCAGCAGGACAGCCCAACUACUCUCUAGCUGACUGAUGCAACUGAUGCCCAGCCUCUUACGUGCAGAAGAAACUGAACUUCAGACUUGGAAGCUUAGAAAGGGCCUUAGGAGAUUCUGGCCCACCCAGCUUAAAUUAGGAAGGAGGGAACUGAGGUCCAGAUAGGAGAUCUGUACAGCCUGUGCAUAGUCUCACAAUGAAUGGCAUAAAUCGGGGUGAAACACAGCAUCACACACAGAAACAGAAAUUCUCCCACUCCAUAAGGAAAGUACAGGCCAUGGCCAAUCUUUCACAGACUCAGGAGUUCAUGAAAUCAAUGCCCCCCCCCCCCCCACACACACACACUGGCCCAAUACAAAUUGUGACGCACUCUGAGUAUACAGGCGAGACAUGUGCAAAGCUGAGUAACUGCAUCUGUCCUGUGAGCUAGUCAGAGCCAAGUCUUUGUAAAGGUGUGUGAGCUGGGGUGGGGUGUCCUACAGAGUUCAGGCUCUGUCAUUCCGAAUAAGGGAUGUCUGUGACUUCAUUAGCUUCCUUGUUUCCCAUCUACAUAAAACAAGUUUCUAUAUUCAACUACCCCACUUCCUUGACUUUUUGGGUGGGCUGGAUCAGAGGAGAUAAAAUCCCUAAACUAUUACUAGAUGUAUCAACAAAAAAAGGUACGAAUAAAGAACUUUCUUUAGAAUUUUCCCUUACUUCAAACAGCUGAGAGGAAAAACAAAACAGAUGUACUCAGCCCAAACUAAUCUUCAGGUUGCUUUAAGGUUAUUUGUAAGUGCCCUUUGAUAUAUCCAGUUGCACUCAGAUGAUCUUUGCCAUAUUUUCUCCCAGAAUUUUCCCUUCAAAAAUGAAGGAAUCUGCCAAAUUUAAGUUUUAAGAGUAGGCAAGCACGGAGUAUCUUGAGCAAGAACAGUUAUCUGUGUUUGGAGACGGCAGAAGAACCCACUUCAAUAACUAUUGAAGAUAUUCAUGAGAAACAAUUCCAAGUUCACAUGAGUGUCUGAUAUGGAGCUGCCAUUUUCUGUCCCAAACCUGAAAUUCAUUAGCGUGUGUUUUAAAGAUUUAGCCACGCCACAUCCAGGGCAGUGAACCUUGUCCCAGGGACCAAUUAGAUGAAAUGUACAUGCUCAAAUUGAAAACAUUUGUGUACUACAGUCCUUCCAGAAGUGUUCUCUAACCACUGACCUAAACACAGAAGAAUGUAUAAAUAUACACGCCUGCCAACAUAAGAAUUCUAUCUUUGUUAUGUUUUUCUGUUUCUACCAAGUAUCUCUCUUUCUCUGUUGGGAACACAUUCUGAGCCGGUUAUUAAGUUCUUUUAGCUGUCAUAACAAUGCUAAAGAUCUGGCCAUUCUUUCCAUUAAGGUAUAUGUGGGUACUGUUCUCUCCCCAAUUAGACAUUUUCAGAGUCUUUCAAUGGUAGACAUAUUUUUAUGUCUAAUGAUCUAGUCUAAUUUCAUGGGUAGACAGUAGGACCUGGAGUGUGGUUUAUGAUUUUGGCACCACUGGGGAAUUAAUGCCCUAUUAAUGAGUAAAAGUAGGCAGUUAGUUGGCAUUGCAUGCAGGAAAAGGUUCACUAGGAACCCUAUUUCAAACAUGGCUUCAAAGAGGUACACCCAGCUCCAAACCAGAUUUGCACAGUGAGGAGGACAAAGGCACCACCCAGGCAUAUUGAUGGUGCCUGAACUGUUUCCUUUGCAUCCAAGGAAGAGCAAAGCAUAUGGGGUGGAGGUAACAAAGCAAUCUUUAAUAAGGUUCUGCACCUCAGCCCCAUUACUACAUGGAGAUCUAUAGGUCUUUGUUUUCAGUAACAAAAUACAGAAUCAUCAGG